ACGCGCUGAGUGAGCGGGUGUGGGGGAGUUUAUUGUUUCGAGAUCUAUUGAAGUAAGCAUCGGAAAGCUGCAAUUUUUGCCGGAAAAUCGUCUUGAGAUUUCUUGAUUCUGAGAAAAUCUCCUGUCGGGGAGUCUGCCAAGGGUGCUCCGUACCCCCCCUUCCAGGCGCAUUUUAGCCUUCCCACCAUAUCAGUUCUGGGUUUUCUUUCCUAGUAAAAAAUGCCAACGUAUUAUUAUUAGGAUUUAGGAUUGAACUUUUUUUUUUUUUUUGUUCUUCUAAAAAUUGUGAAUUUUCUUUGAAUCCCACAGGAAAGCUUUGAAACAUCAUGCUGGUGAUUGAUAUUGUAUUAGCGUGUUUUGGGAUUGCACGUUUUUCUCUAUUUUUGCUAAAUAUUAUUAGUAAAAGUUGAAGAUUUAUAUGGAAAUCGUUACAGGGUAGACCAAGUUUCAAAGUCAUCUUGAGGGAUUUGCAUGCACAGAGGCUCUAGAGACCCACGGAAUCUGAGAGAUUUAUUGAGGGUUUCAGAGUCCUUCCAAAGUCCCAAAACUACCUCUGAAUUUUUCCAAAAUUUUCUGUUUCUCAAUUUUGUCUGAAUUGCUUUCAUUUACUUGAAUUCGCACCAUUGACUGGAAUCUGUAACGCUCACCAACAGCAAGUUCUGCAUGCAUUAACUUUCACCAUCCAUUUGUCACUUCAACUUUUUUGUUUCCAUCUUCUGGGUUUUGCUAUAAAUUCCCAGUUCACUGCCCUGCAUUUCACUCAAGCUCAUUGCAGUGCAAUACUCUGUUUUCCUCCUGUUUCUUUCAAUACUCUGUUUUCCAACUCUGUUUCUUCUAAUACUAUGGCUAAAAUCACGAGUGUUUUCUCAAUGAGGCACUUCUUCGUGCUCUCUCUGGCAUUGAAUGUCAGUUUAAUCUUGAGGACUAUGUACGAGACGGAACAGGGCUUUCUUUGCUACCGUUCCAAAACUCAGAAAGGCCAAACUACCCAGAGGAUGCGUUUGUCCUCGUCUUCUUCUUCCUCUUCCUCGGCCGCUACUACUCGGACUGAGGCUCAAGAUGGCGUGGAGAGAGUUAUCAAUCUCGACCAGGGUGAUCCCACUAUGUACGAACAUUAUUGGCAACAAGUGGGGGAGAAAACGACGGUUGUGAUCAGAGGGUGGCAGCAUAUGAGCUACUUCUCGGAUGUGAGCAACAUCUGCUGGUUUUUGGAGCCGGAGUUAGCCGAAGAGAUUGCACGAGUCCAUCGGGUGGUCGGCAAUGCUGUGACGGAAGGGCGUCACAUCAUUGUUGGUACAGGUUCCUCGCAGCUGUUUUUAGCUGCUCUUUUUGCUCUUUCUCCACGCGAUGGCCCUGAACCAGUCAGUGUGGUGUCUCAGGCCCCAUUCUACUCGUCCUACCCAUCCAUGACGGACUGCCUCAAGUCAGGCCUCUACAAAUGGGCAGGAGAUGCGCAGAGCUAUAGUAAAGAGGGCCCGUACAUCGAACUGGUCACUUCCCCCAAUAACCCUGACGGCAAUGUCAGGCGAUCUGUCGUCAAUAGAAGUGAAGGGACAUUGGUUCAUGACCUUGCAUACUACUGGCCACAGUAUACUCCAAUAUCUUCCCCUGCAGACCAUGAGCUGAUGCUGUUCACCGUCUCAAAGAGCACUGGCCAUGCUGGGAUGCGCAUUGGCUGGGCUCUUGUGAAGGACCAAGAGGUCGCAAGAAGAAUGAUCAAAUUCAUUGAGCUCAACACGAUAGGCGUGUCCAAGGAUUCACAACUCCGGGCCGCCAAGGUUCUGAAAGCUGUUUCUGACAGCUCCGAACAUGGCGGCACCUGGGAAGGAGUCGAAUCCUUCUUCAAGUUCAGCUAUCGCGUAAUGGCGGAGAGGUGGAAGCUGUUGAGGGAAGCGGUGAACAGCAGCAGAAUAUUCAGCCUGCCGGAAUUUCCUCCCGCACAUUGCAACUUUUUAAACCGGGUCUUCGAGCCUCAACCUGCUUUUGCUUGGUUGAAGUGUGAGAGAGAUAUAGAUGACUGCGAAAGCUUCCUUCGAGGGCACAAGAUUUUGGCUAGAGGGGGAAAACACUUCGGUGUUAGCCCAAAGUAUGUGAGGGUCAGCAUGCUGGAUCGUGACAACAAUUUCAAUUUAUUUGUGAAAAGGCUGUCAACUAUCCACUUAUAACCUCCGUUGACCAACUAAUGUACAUUACAAAAAGAAAGCAAUGCAAUUUUGUUGAUCUAUUUAUAUGAUUUCUCUCUAUUUUAUUUCC